CAUCAAUGUUCUCUGAGCAGCAGCAUCAGCAUCAUUUGCCAAUUGUUGUGGUGGUCCCGAUAGGGGUCUUUUGUGUGUUCAAUUGUGGGGUGGAGUUCAGAGUUUAAAAAUAUGUACAUAUAUCAGUGGAAAAUAAAUAAAACCAGGCUGGAAUGUAUCAACCAAAAUAGCAUUAUAACGCAGGAAGGUUUACAGUGGUGAUUAUUUGAGACCAGAUUACAGUUGGCGGCAAUUCUUUAAGACGGACGGUAAAGCUUUGUGCUCUGCAGUAGCGAUAUGGGCCAGACUAAAAGCCAAUUCACCGAGGAAGAGUUACAGGAUUACGAAGAUUUGACAUUUUUUUCGAAAAAAGAGGUAUUACUAGCGCACAAAAAAUUCAAAAAUCUCGCUCCAGAAAAGGUUGGGCACAAUAAAAAUGCCAAAUUGUCAAUGAGCAAAAUCUUGCAAUAUCCAGAAUUGCGCGUGAAUCCUUUCGGUGACCGGAUAUGCAAAGUGUUUAGUUCAAGUGAAGAUGGUGAUAUGACUUUCGAAGACUUUUUGGACAUGAUGAACGUUUUCAGUGAUGCUUGCCCCAAAAAGCUAAAAGCAGAGUACGCUUUCCGUAUUUGGGAUUUCGAUGGUGAUGAUAUGCUAGGAGUAUCAGAUUUGAAGCAGGUUAUUGAGCGAUUGUGUGGUGCAGAAAAUAAAUUAGAUGACUCCGACAUGAAAGAGAUCAUACACUGUAUAUUAGCCGAAGCCGACUUCGACGAUGAUGGAGCUUUGUCGUUUCCGGAGUUCGAACAUGUCACUGAUAAAUCCAGAGAUUUUCUUAACUCUUUCCGGAUAAGGCUUUAAAGAAGCACAAAAGGCUUGCCAAUCUCAUAGGUAGUUUGAUUUUUUGUUAGAACGGUAUAAAUUGUAUAUAUGAAUGUUGAACCUUUAGUUCCUUAUUGCGUUACUUGUAAUUGAAUCUGAAAUGUUUGAGUUUUAUUUAAAUUCGUUAGACUGGAUUUUAUUAUUUACCAAUUUAAUUAUAUCAUUUCCAAAAAUUUUUAUAGUGUAAAAUUAAGAGGAAGUGUAUGUUCAAUUUAAUUUUCCAAGCUAAAAUACAAUUAAGUUUAUCUGGAAUAUUUUUGCUUUGAGCAUCUUAAGACUUAUAAUAAUUAUUUCUUAGUAUUUUCAAUGAAAUAUAAUAUCUCGAUCACCAGAUGUAUUCGAAUACUUACUUACUUAGCAUAUUUACAGUAUUAAGAAGCACGAAUAUAUACCAUAAUAAUGGAAUUAUAAACAUGAAUUUAAAUAUAAAAUUAGAAUUAAGAAAACUGCCGUCAGAACCACUUUACAAAUACAUAUAUGUUUAAACGCACUCGAAGAUGGAAGAAAUGGCUUUAAAAAGCAACACUUAGCAACCAGGCUGGCUGAGAAGUAUUGAAAGCGACGUCUAUUAAGCAGUAAAGGAACAAAAUGUUGAACGCCAGAAUUUAUUUUUGUGGAUGUUUUUACAAAGGAAGGUAUUAAGUUUCCUGCAUUGAUGAAAUUAUUUGCUUUGGAAGAUAUGUAAGAAACAAAAAUUCUUAAAAAAGUGGUGAAAGUGUUAAAGAAAUCUUCUUCUUCAUUUCCAACUACGUAUCGAUUUUUUGGCGUUAAAACGUGGCCACACAUGCGUUGAAGUUGAACUUUGUAGUGGAUAAGUCAAGCUGAAUAAAUCUGUCACGAAAUGGCUUCUUGCCUUCAGCAAAUAUUUACAGAAAUAUAAUUAAACAAAUGGGUACAGACGUUAAAAUAAUCGAAAUGAAAAUUGAAUACUAAUAAAUGCAUGCACGGUUGAAUUAGGAACAUAAUCGCGUAUAGUACAGUUUCUAUAGUCAAAAGGAGAUCAAUACAUAAAAGAACUUUUCCAAGCCAUACUCAAAAUGUCGUUGAUAUGGGUACUACAAAUUUGAUAAAAUUUAUCAGAGCUGACAUCAUUUAUGGUUUAUAUCAAUUUAAACAGCUACAGCGAUCACUUCUUUGUAAAAUUAAUUUACAUUAAUUAAAUAUAAAUGAGUAUGCGUGAAACACACACAAUAUGCAUAAAAUGUAGUAGAUAUGCAUUUCGCUAAAAUUGUGCUUUUCAUCCACAGUAAUAUAAAAAUAAUUUAAAUACAAACAAUUUUUUAUGUAUUUUAUAUUCUCACUUCGAUAUUAAAGAGAAACUUAAAACCAUGUACU